GUCCCCGGAGCGGCCCUCGGCCCCGCGUCGCCCCCCGCACCCCGCCGUCCCCAGCAUGGGCGCGCGCGCCUCGGGCGGGCCCAGGGCCCGGGCCGGGCCCCUGCUGCUGCCGCUGCUGCUGCUGCUGCUCGGCCUCCUGGCCCCGGGCGCGCAGGGGGCGCGGGGCCGCGGCGGCCCCGAGAAGAACAGCUACCGCCGCACGGUCCACACCUUCUCGCAGAGCGUCAGCAGCCUGUUCGGCGAGGACAACGUGCGCGCCGCGCAGAAGUUCCUGACCAGGCUGACCGAAAGGUUCGUGCUGGGGGUGGACAUGUUCGUUGAAACGCUGUGGAAAGUUUGGACGGAUCUCUUGGACGUGUUUGGACUUGACGUGUCGAGCCUGCCGCAGCACUUCAGCCCGGCCGCGGUGGCCGGCAGCCCGGCCCGCGCGCUCCUGCUGGUGGGCGUCGUGCUCCUGGCGUACUGGUUCCUGUCGCUGGCCCUGGGCGUCACCUCCAGCCUCCUGCACGUGCUGUUCGGCCGCUUCUUCUGGAUCGCGCGGGUCGUCCUGUUCUCCAUGUCGUGCGUGUACGUGCUGCACAAGCACGAGGGCGAGCCGGAGGGCGCCGUGCUGCCCCUGUGCUUCGUGGUGGCCGUCUACUUCAUGACCGGGCCCAUGGGCCCCUGCUGGCGCGGCGGCCCCGGCGGCCCCGGCGUGGAGGAGAAGCUGGAGCACCUGGAGAGCCAGGUCAGACUGCUCAACAUCCGCCUCAACAAAGUGCUGGAGAGCCUCGAGCGCGCCAACGGCAAGUGACAACCAGCCGGCCGGCCGGGCCCCCCCGCGCCCCGCCUCGGCAAGCAGAGGAGGAGGCGGCGGAAAAGAGCCGGAGCAGCCAGCGCCAAGCAGUCGUAAUAAAACAUUCCGGAGCGAGGGCAGCGGCGCUUGCCGAGGGUGUUUCCGGCCACGUGUCGCCCCUGCGGACGCGCUCCCGGGGGAGUGACGGGGUCCCGUGCGUAGAACCGCCCGCCGAGCGUCAUUAGUGGGGGGAACAUAUUUUUUAAAACAAAGGAUAUAACCAUAUUAGCUGUACAGGAAGAGUUUAUCUGUGCAUAGUGCAUAAAGUUAAUUUUUUCAAGCCCUGAACUACUACAUCUUUUGUAAGGUUUUUUAAUAAAGGCAGAUCAAAGUCAA